UUCCUGAGGGAAGAGGAAUCAGGAGCCGUCGCCGACGGACGUUUCAGCUCAGCUGUCUUCUGCCUGCAACCUCCUCGACUACGUUUGGUCACACCUUUUGCACGCACUCAUCUUGACAGGAGUUGGUGAAUUUGAUUCAAUGGCUUCCCGAUUUGCAUUACUAGAUAACGACGUCGAUCUUGAUGAACGUUUGGGGAAGAAGAAGGUUGAAAAAGCAAGGCCGAAGACAGACGACAACUCAAGAAAAACCCAAAACAAAAACUCCAACAAUAGCAGUAAGAAGAAAAAGAGUGGCACAGAUGGCCCUAGUCUGCAAGACUUGGCCUUUGGUACUGCAAAAGGAAAAAAAAAAACAGGGUUCAAUACAGUUCAAGUAGAUGAUGAUUGGCAAAGAAGAGAUACAGAGUUUGUACGAGAUGAAAAUGAACGUGCAUUACGAGAAGCAAUAUUGUUGUCAAAACUAGACUAUGAAGAAAAGAAAAAUUUUUAUGCUGAAAUGAAAAAAGAAGAUAGUGAGCAGAAAGGGGGAAAAGUUAAAAAGAAGAAGGACAAACCUAUGCCAAUGUCAUUAGAGCAGUUUAACAACUUGAAUCUAAAUCAGAAAACCAAACGAAAGGAAAGUAGUUCUCCUGAAAAAAAUAGCGAAGAAACAGUGCUGGAAAAUCAAAAGUUUUUUGAUAAUGUAGAAGCAGUAGCUAAAAAAACAUUAGAAAGGGAGGAGAGACAUGAAAACUACAAAGCUACAGCAGAGCAGUAUAGUAAAGAAGCACUGGUGACCCAGUAUGAAGAGCAGUUGGAAAAACAAGAAUUUGAAAUUCAGGCCCUGAGACUUGAAGUGGAUAGUCUUAAAAAUGACCUAAAAUUAGUCAAAAGUAGGAACAAAAAGUUGUGUGAGGUUAUAUGUUCAGCUGAAAUGAAAUCGAAAGCUGAACUUGUUGUAGAACUAGAUAAAAUGUCCAAGGUUCGAGAUGAGUUAACACAAGAAGUUUCAAAUCUUUCUGCCCAGUUAGAGCAAGAGCGAUCAAAGGUUAAUCAGCUUACCCUUGAUCUAAAAAAAACACAGGGCAAGAAAAAGCAAACUGGAGAAGCUAGUAGCAAAGACUAAUUGAUAUGUUUAUAUCUGUUGAAGCAGGUUUUUCCAAUUCUUUUUUACUGUUUAUAAAUAUAUUAUAGAGUCAUAAAUAGAA